AAUUUCUUGGUUUGGCUAAGCUUGAGUCAGUUUUUAUGGGGAGUAAAAGCUCUCCUGUUGGUGAGAAAAGAGAUGGCUUGCUUUUGAAAGGGGAAGGUCUUGUUCCUGAAAGCACUCGCCUUCCUUUUGCUGUCUCCAGCUCUUGUCUGAAUGCACAAAAAGUUGUGGUGAUGAUUAAUAUGGCUCUAACUUGGUACAUUAAACCUCUGGCAACUGCGUCUGGAAUAGAGCUGUUCGUGAACAGGCUUGACUCUGUAGAGUCUGUCCUUCCCUACGAAUAUACAGCGUUUGACUUUUGUCAAGCUGAAGGAAAGAAGCGUCCCUCUGAAAACCUUGGCCAAGUAUUGUUUGGAGAGAGGAUAGAACCAUCUCCUUACAGGUUCACGUUCAACAAAAAGGAGAUAUGUAAAUCUGUUUGUACAAAAACAUAUGAUACCACAAAGCCAGAAGAUAAACAGAAAUUAGACUUCUUGAAAAAAAGUAUGCUGCUGAAUUAUCAACAUCACUG